UUUGUAAACAAAAUGAGUCAAAUCAAAGCCAAAAUUACUAUAAAACUUGAGUAACAAAUUUGAAUACCUUUAAUCUAUAAUUUUAGUAAUUUUAUUUAUUCAAUACAUUUUACCAAUCUCUAAUGGCUUCGGAAUGUAUUGGAGUUUUAAAUGACGUAUCUCCUAUUUUUCGUCCUUACAUACAAAAUGUCUAUGAAGAAUUGAAACUUGGUUUAUGUAAGACUAGAGUUGAUCUGGAAAAAAUAGCUGGUUCUGAUUUAACAGACAGCCAAUUACGAUUAGUAUUGCCCUAUUGCUCUAAAAAAAUAAAAUGGGAAAUUAUAUUUGACCCAACUACUCCUUGGUUUGCACCUGACUUCAGAUUUGAUGAUGACAGUUUUUUAAGCAAUGUCGAUGAGGAAUUUUUAGAAGAAAAAUUGCCGAGUUUAUGUGCUUGGAAUGAAAAUAAUCCUAAGGCACUCAGUUAUGUUCUCUCAGAAUUAGUUUCUUUAUAUAAAAACUAUCAGAUAAAAAAACUUAAUGAAGAUGAAAGUUCUCGUGCAUACUUUGAAUAUACUGCAUUACUUGGUGAUGCUUUAACAACUGAAAAUGAUAUUGAAGUUUGGGUCGGAAACCAUGUUGUUGAAUUUCUUAUUAAACUUAAUGUGGAUACGUCUAGACUUCCUGAAUUAUACAAUGAUGGUACCGAAGAAAAUCCUGGAAUUGACACAGCACUACUUCUCGUGAGGUAUCCAAACUCGACAAAUGCAGAAUUAAUAUUGUCACCACUGCUUACAAAAUCUUUGGGAAACAUAACUUUGCCUUUGAUGCAUCAAUCUGGAGUUCUAAUGGAUUAUGUCCCUAUGGUUACAGAACUUUUAAAUAAAAAGAUCCAAGAUGUAUUGAAUAAUGAAAGGUUGAAAAGAGAACUGUUGGCGCAGCUUAUUGUUAAAUAUGAAGGUGCCGUUUUAGAGCAUGAUUCAAACAAUGCAUCAUUUCUUUUCGAAAUGAAUGAUUUUCAUUGGAUACUACAAAUCGACAUAGGUAUUAAAUUCCCAGAAAAGCAUCCAAUAUUGAUUUUAAGAUCUGUAUACCACUCCAUCAAGGGAAAGCCUAAAUUUAAAAUACUCCCUUCUUGUCCCUACAAUAAUUUUGAGGGCUAUAUAGAGCAGCAGGUUGAAAUUUUCAAGAAUGAAUGCAAGGGCCAAAACUUUAGUAACCAACUAGUAAAUUUAGAAUAAAAUUAUUAUAUAAGCCUUAAGAAUUUAAAUACAUAUAUAAUUGUACAUAUUAAGUGUUUUAAUUAGGUAAUAUUUUAAUUAAACUUACUCUGAAAUUGUUAA